GUCAUAUGCAAAAACAUGGUUUGUGGUUUUUAUGUCUUCUGGAAAAAUCUCAAUAGAUCUCGUAUUUCAUAUCUGAUAGAUUUUUGCUUUUAUUUGAUAUAUUGAAUCAUUUUCCAAUUUUAUAAAAACAUCAGCUGGUGUGGAAAUCUCAUUAAGUUGUCAUAGUUCCUGUGAUUGAAGUAUAUUCAGUAGUGGUUUAGGUAAACAUAACCUGAAUAGUUAUGGGUUCUAAUCCAGAAAACAACAGUUCCAAUAAUCCUCCAAUAGCAGGGGCUAUUACUUAUCCCACUUGCCAUGGCCAGAACUUACAGGCCACACCAGUACAACCACGACAACCAAGAAACCUACAGGGUUUGCUUCGAUUUGCAAUGGAAGCAACAAAGGCUGAAGAUGCACCUGGUAAUUCGGAACUAGGUCCUAUGGACGAAGAAAGACGUAAAUUCCUUGAAGAGGCCCUGAAGAGUCUCACGGUGGAUGUGGCGGAGGUUAUACAGAAUGCCAUCAAGGUCCUCACCGACCAGGAGAAAAUUAGAAACAUACAACUGGGUGAUGUGCUCCCUCAAGACGUUGCAACGUCUUUCAACAACCUUAUGGAAUUUAUUGAUGAUAUAGAUGUGGCCAAUGAUUUCUAUAAAUUGGGUGGUUUCGCAAUAUUUCCCGUGUGCUACGGCAGUGAGAAUGAGGAAGUGCGAGCCAACGCUAGUUGGGUGCUAGCUGAGGUGUGCCAGAAUAAUCCGUUCUGUCAGUCUCGUGUCCUCGAAUGUGGUCUGCUCAAUGUACUCAUUAAUUUGCUUGAGACCGAACAGGGAACUGCGCUGGCCAAGUGUCUAUAUGCUGUGUCAUGCGCUUGCCGCGAGUACUCGCCGUGUUGCCGCGAACUGGUGUCUCAGGGUGGGUGCGGAGCCCUGUCCGCCGUGCUCGCGAGCCAGGACACCUUCCCUCAAGCUAGGACCAAGGCCGCCUUCCUCAUACGGUACCUGGUGCAACAUUAUCCAGACGCUAGAGAGGAAUUUAUCCAGCAGAAUCUCGUCAGGAUCGUGGCUAAUCAGAUCAAGACCGGUCGUGAUGAAACUACAGAGCAUCUCCUAGGUAUUCUUACGCUACUACUUGAUACAAACGAUUGUAGAAUAUUGGAUCAAUUGAGAGAUCCAAGUCUUGGCCUAAAGAAAGUUCUAGAAGAGCUCUCUGACCAUGAAGACGGAAGAGAGUACUGCGUAGAUUUAUUGAAGAGAGUAUUCGAAGACUGCCCUGAAUAUGAAGUGAUUAAUGAUGAAGUGGAAAGAUAGAUGGUGCGGUGUGUGUAAGAUAAUAAUAUUUAAACAAAAUCUUGAAUAUGUAAAUCAUAACAGUUGUAUAUUAAUUUUCAGAAUAACUCCAUUAUUAUUAAUCUUUAAAACAACUAAAUUUAGGCAAACAAAGCUAUUUAAAAUAUUGAAAUAAACUAAAAUGUAUGAAUAUAUAUAUAUAGAUAAUAAAAAACAUAUUGUGUUAAAGAAAAUUAACGUACGAGUAUUCAUUGAUAAAAUCAAUGAAAAGUUUUUAUAGCUACGGCUAAAAUGAUAGCGAGGGAAUUAGGUGGGUGCUCCCCUGAGUUUCUAUCUUCAGCUUUAGGUUAGUUUUUAUGCAAAUCGAAGAAUGCUUAAACAUUGACGCUUGUAAUUGGAUGUUUCUUUUCCUAUCUGGCUCUGUUUCAAGCGACUGCAGUACACCAGAGUGUCACAAUUUAUUUUAUAGUAAAUUUCAAUUCAUGAUGGUGUUAAGUUUUAUGUGAGUUGAGCUAUUGACUGUAUUAUAUAUUACAAAAAAUAACUGAUUAUUAUUAAAACGUGAUUCCGAUAUGAAUAUUUUUGUUUGUAAACUGAAUUUUUAAACACAAUUAUAAGUAAUAUAAUAUAUUGAUAAUAAAUAUUUAAACAGC